CCAUAGGUCAAAUCUUGGAGGGGGCUGUAUUGCCUGCUGCAACUAUCAAAGUUCCAAGAAUCUCAUGUCUGUGCGGUUGGAAGAACACAAAGUCACCGUCGGCGGCCACUUAGCGAGAGUUGAAAAGUGGGAGGGUUUUGCAAGGGUUUGUGGAGUCCCCCUACAAUGGCGUUCGCUUCUGCCUUUCGACGAGUUCUCAAUGGAUCUUCCUUCGCUUCCUCUUCUCUUCAGCAAUUCCAAUUCCAAUUCACCGCCAUUCGUUUCGGUUCCACUCUCACAGCUCCCAAACUCUUCGUUAGCGGUCUUUCAAGACUAACUACAGAUGAUAAGCUGAAGGAGGCCUUUUCUCCUUUUGGCCAGCUUGUUGAAGCAAAAGUUAUUACUGAUCGAGCCUCUGGAAGAUCAAAGGGCUUCGGUUUUGUUACUUACGCAAGCAUUGAGGAAGCCGAGAAGGCGAGAGAAGAAAUGAAUGCCAAGUUCCUGGAUGGGUGGGUUAUUUUUGUUGACCCAGCCAAACCAAGGGAGCCUAGGCCGCCUCCGCAACCAAACCACGAGCCUACGGAAGGUUUCAGAACAAAUAAGACGAUCGGUUGGUGCGGUUGACGAUUGUUUGACACUCUAGAUCAGAUUUUGUGUCUCCCCAAUUUCUCAUCCGAUAUUGUAGUUGGAUUCAAGACUCUGGAUAGAUGAAAAACAGGGUCACCAUUACCAAUUCAGCACAUAAAAUAGGCUCAUCUCAUCAUUUUUGGUCUCUGGACGUUCUCAUCUUUAUAUCCUAUACAUUGAACUAUACAUUGAUUGCAUUUUUUAUUGCUCUUGCUCUUCUGGAGCUGCCUAGGGAAACUAACUGUCUUUUAUGCUUUGUAUUUUUAUUUAUUCUUAAGUAGGAAGGAUUCGAGGUUAUCAUCUCUUGGUUAGAGACGGGUGUUAACUACCAUUGAGCUAUACUUUGUAUUUUGUUCGUCUCCUCAUGAGAUACUGAUAUAAAUUUUAAUGGUUCCUUCCGCGCUAAA